AUGUCUUCAAAUCAGGGUUCCUCUUCUUCUUCAAAACAACAGUUGAAAACACAGAAUGGAUCGUCAAUAACACAACUUGGUGCUUUAGAAGAUGACGAAUUUGAAGAAUUCAAUGCUGAAGGUAGUUGA